AUGAGUCUCAGAAAUCAGACUGUGACAAAAGUCAAUUUGGCUCAAGUCUUGGCACAAGAGCACAGCUGGUUGAAAGUGCACCGUUCCAGAAGCCCCAAUUCUAGGCAUCGUGUGAUGAUGAUGCUUGUGGCACUGCUUUUUGCAGUCACUGCACAGACAUUUGCCGUGGACACCAACAUGAAUGUGACCGGAAAACAGACGGUGCAGGAAUUGAUGCAGGGCAACAUGGGCAUUGGGAGGAACUACUCAGUGACAUCCAAUACCUCGCUACGUGGCACGGAGAAAUCAGCAGUUGGUGGGAAUGUGCCUGUGGUCGGGAGGGUGGCAACGAUACUUUGGAAUGAUUAUUCCAUUACCACGAUCAAAGGCUGGGCGCAAUGUAUCGGUGCGGUCAAGGGCUACUUGAACUACUACGAACAUUGCAUGCCAACAUGUGCCAAAGUUGUAGCACGCAAAAUUGCUAAGUUUGCCUGCAAAAGCUAUUGCAGUUGCACAUAG